AUGGACAAUUCAAUAUUUCCGUCGAAAAAAACAUCAACGCGGAAUAUACAGUAUCGUAAAAGUAAUUGGAAAAUACACGAAUUUGAAAUAUGGAGUGGAGAGAGAAUAUGUAAAGUGUGUUCACUCUGUAUGAAAGGUUCAUUGCUAAUAUGGAUAGGUGAGCAGCAAUUGCGGCUGGCAAACGUAGCCCUAGGUGUGCCAGGUAGUGGCGAAGUUGGAGAAGGUUCUGCUGCCACUGCAUUGCUUGGGGAGGAUGAAGCUGGUGCUGCAAGCUUAGCGCGCCGGUUGGCUACUCGGCUUCACAGACCAGUCUAUAUCUGCAUGGGACAAACCUUUGACCGCUUUACAAGUCCACUUGUUGAAAAGGGCAUUGCUAUGGAAAUAAAACUACAUCCUAAUUAUUUUAUAUAA